GCCCUUCUCCUAGAGGGACGCGCCUUCCCCCUCAAUGACUGGUCCCACCCUGGCCGGGCCUAGCCACAGCCCUGGCAGGGGAGCAGCGCGCAGCCGCCGCACAAACUACAUCUCCCAGCAACCUCCGGGGCGGGGCCGGAAGUAGGCGCGCGCCGGUUGCUGUGCCGGGAGCUGAGCGCGGGUGAUUUGGGGCCGGCUGCGCGCGGGCCGGGAGCUGGCCCUGCCUGUGGCGGGCACCAUGGCGCUGGCCGAGCCGCGCUGGCCGGAGAACCUCUCCUUGCUGAAAGCCGUGGAUGAUUUGUUGCGUUGUGGGAUAUGCUUUGAUUACUUUAAUAUUGCAAUGAUCAUACCACAGUGUUCACAUAACUAUUGUUCCCUUUGUAUACGCAAAUUUCUGUCUUAUAAAACUCAGUGUCCAACAUGUUGUGUGGCAGUCACGGAACCUGACCUGAAAAAUAACCGGAUAUUAGAUGAGCUGGUAAAAAACUUUAAUUCUGCAAGGCAGCAACUGUUCAAGUUUGUCUUGGAUUCACCACCAGUUUCUCCUUCAACAAACUAUACCAAAUAUUCUACUGGCAAAGGUCAUGCUGUGGGUUCCAUGGUUGGUUCAGCUUUAAAACAAGACAAACAACUUAUUGACCAUUUCUUGAUAAAGGAAAACACUCAGACCCCUAAAAGGACAUCUGUAGCUGCUGAGGUGGAAUAUAAAGGUUGCAACAAUGAACAAGAAACAGAUAAUAUAUGUUGUAGUUCUGCAGAGACUCACGAUGUGGUCAGUGAAGGGAUGGCAGCCACAAGUCCCGAAGGCAUGAGAAAUCCUGAGAAACCCUCUACAUCUGUAAUGAAAGUAGUUACAAAAGUGGAUUGUCCUGUGUGUGGGGUUGCUAUUCCAGAGCAGUAUAUAAACAGACACCUAGAUUGUUGUCUGACGAGAGAUGAGAAGAAAGACAGUCUCAGAAGUUCUGGUCACAAAAGGAAGUCCCUGCCUAAAGUCGUUUACAACUUACUUUCUGACCGUGAUUUGAAGAGGAAGCUAAAGGAACAUGGGCUGUCUAUCCAAGGAACCAGGCAACAGCUCAUUAAAAGACAUCAAGAAUUUGUGCAUAUGCAUAAUGCUCAAUGUGAUUCUUUAAAUCCCAAAUCAGUUGCAGAAAUAGUGAAAGAGCUUGAAAACAACGAGAAAACUCGGACUCAACUUGAAUUUAGUAAAGCUGGUGAAAAUAGCAUGACAUUUACAAAGGACCAGACAGAAAAGGAAAUAGAUGAGAUUCACACCGAUUAUCGGAAUAAACAUAAAGGUGAAUUUCAGCUUUUAGUGGAUCAGGUAAAUAACCGAUGGAAGAAAACUGGUAAAAGGAAAAUCGAGAGCUUACAAGAGAGAGAAGCACCCACUGCUGAAGAACAGACUAUGGACAUAGGAGAACAGAGUAUUAAAAAACAAUGCACUGACCAGACCUUUGUAACAGAUCAGUUACCUAAAGCCGAAAUACCUGAUUCUGACACAAGCAAAUCCUAUAAUUUGGCUGAGGGCUCAGAAUCUCUUUCUCCUCCAUUCUCAGAGUCAUCAGGAUCAGCAAGGAGCUCCAGUUCAGAUAUUUUGAGAGAUCUGCAAGAAGUUGAGAUGGUUUCAGAGUCAUCAGAUAAAAUCAUCUCCUGCUGGGGUUCAGGCAGCUGCCAGUCUGUUUACACGGUAACCUUCAACUGCUCUAUUGCCAAAAUCAGCUUUCCAGAUCUGAUAGCUAGCAAACGAAAAUCACGUCGCCCCAAAACACCAGAAAGUGGUCAAGUACUUCCCAGGAGUAAGCGGCGGAAGAAUUAGCAAUAGGGUCACCCUACUUCUAACCCUAUGCAGUUGACUGGAUGCUGUACGACGUUUCCAUACAGACUCCUUAUUUUUUCCAGCAUAUUUGGAGCAUUUAAGAAUUUAAAGCACUGAAAUUAUGUGUAUUCAUUUCAUUUUAACUGUCUUGAAAUAACGGAUUUACUUUCUGCUUUGCAUCAAAUGUGUUUGCUUACAAUACCACAGGCCAUUUCACUUUAAGAAUGGACAUACAGUAUCAGUAUCUUUCUGUAAACAUUUAACUCUUCUGCCCAUAUUUUUAGCAUGCCAGAUAUAGUGUAUUGUGGGGAAAAUGGUUUUUAUCAUUUAGAACCAAAUUUUGACACCUUUUCUCAUAUUGAAGAGAAGUUUGCUCCACAAGUAGCCCUCUUGAUAUAAGUGUGACUAGUUGUGGCACAAGGUGUUGCUUAAUGGACAAGACUGGCACCUUAUAAAGGACAGCGCGUUAUUGCACUGCUUCAGGAGUAGAGCACGGACCAAACUGGGAUUGUCUCAGUUGAAUCCCUACUUUCCCCUUGCUGAAAAUGGGGAAGCAGGCUUUGCUAGUUCAUUUCCUUGCACUGCUUACUUCCACUCUGCUGACUCCGUUGGCUGACUGGUGCACUGUGAGGGGCAGCGACACCAGACUGACUCCCUAUCUACUAGUGUAGGAGAGAGCAUGUAGCUGUCUGAUGCUGACUCCUCUGUACUGGGUGGUUGGGGAUACAUAGGCCAGCUCACAGCUGGGACCAGUGUGAAUAAGGAUUUCCGAAUCUAUCCCUUAACCACUGCAUAAAUAGAUAAACAACAGAGGCCUGCAUUUAAAAUGUCUACAUUUCUUAGGAAUUACUGUAAAAUGUUCAACAUGCCACCAGGAAACAAACCAUACUGAAGAAUAAUAUAAAUCCAGUGACCUUUUGUAUUGUUAGCGUUUUAUCUUAACUGUAUGUGGCAGUUUGGCUCUGUUUGCAUUGGUAUUAACCAAAAUCCUUGCCUUUUUUAAAUCAUAAGGCAGAUGAUACAGCAGGGGGAUUAGUACAUUUGGUCGCUUUGGAAUAAUUUGAUUUUGCAGGUGGUAGAAAUAUUUCAUAUUUCAAACCAUUUCAGUCCCAAAGCAAUAUGCUGUGUGAGAAUGUACAUUUGUAAGGUUAUUCUUAUUCCUUAGUAAUCUUUCAUUAUUGCAAUUUAACCAUUAAGUUGAAAUUGGAGAUUCGAUGGUUCUCAGACUUUAAUUAUUCUAGCUGUGAAAUAAAUAUUAAAAUGUAUAUGCACAUAUUUUUAAUAAAGUUAGGAGUUUUCCUAGUUGAAAGUACGAAUGCAGAGGAAACACGUCCUCCAUUAAUUUAAAAAUGAUCAAAUUUUGUCUUAGAAAGCAAAGUCUGCACUGGUCAUGACUUGUCUUUGUGUUUUGUGUGACACACAAAAUCCAAAAACUGGUUAAGGUGGAGGGUUCUGUGAAUUUAUAUUUUAAAAUACAGUUUUGAGGUCUGAGAUUACACAUGCUUCUACUGGGCAAAUUGCUUACUAUCGGGGUAUUCCCAUUCAGCCCAUGGUAUUAAACAAUAUACCUGGUCUAAUGGGCAUAUCUUCAGCUAGGGCAAACUGUCAUAGCACAGACAAGAAAUAAGAGAUUGGAUGUUAAAAUUUUCAAUUAAAGCAAUCCAUUUGGGAGAAGGUAGCUAUUAACUCCAUUUAUUAGGUCAUUGUAUUGUGGUUCAUGGCAAUUAACAGAAGCAGGAUGUAAAUUCCACACAAUUAUAUAGAGAAAGAUGUAACAUUUUUUUAUAUCCAUCACAUCUCUUGACUUAAAUAGAGCUAUGACAGCUUAUACUGACUGAGGAUGUCCUCAGUGGAUUUGCAGACCACGUCCUUGGUUUUUUUUAUAGCCCUAUUUUUACAACAUCUUGGGGUUAGUAAGAUACUUUUAAAAAAAAAUCAAUAUGAUUUUACUCACUGCUAGGCAUGGACAACUGCAUCAAGGAAAAUUUAACCAAUACUAGCACAUACAUGGAAUUUAACCGCAGAGACAAGUAUGAAUAAAAUUUUAUUCACAACAACAUCUGGGCCUUUGCAUUGCUUGUUAAUCUGCCACUAAUUGUGCUAACAGGAGGCUCUGAAUCUGAUGCAAUGUCAAGGAGUAUUAUAGCUCAGUUGAAGUAGUGAAUAUCUUUAGUUUGUUAACGUUGGUACAAAAGGCAACUGUUUAAGAUUAUAGAAUUGCCAACUUGUUUUCAAAGUUGUGCAUUUCCAAAGAUAAACAUGAGAGGAUGUAAACGAAAAAAAAAUCCCUUUAUUCAAACCACUGUAUCUUGGUGGAGUUGGAUCUGUUCGAUUUCCUGUUCAUGGCGUGUGCUCCUUGUGCUCCGGAUAGCACUAGUACAUGAGGUUAUUUCUGUACACUCUGCAGCCAGUUUUGGAAGCAGUCACCCUGAAACAGUGAAAUGUUUAAAACAUAAUAUUUUGUGAAAGUUAAAUACAUGGCAAAAUUCAGGAUAUUCUAGGAAAAUCAUGUGAAUGAUUGAAGGCUGUGUUCCAGAGAUCAGCCUGUUCCCUGAGCAUCAAAAUGACCCUAUGUCUUAUACAUACAUGGUGGAAAAUCAGAAAUCAUUAAACUAGAGUGAUGUCAUUGCAAGCAAUACAGUAAGAUAGAUAUAUAAAAUAAUUAAAAGAAGAAAUCUGCUGGUUCGUGUUUUUAUGUUUUCCAAUUUGUUUUCACUGUUAAUUGUUUUAUUUUUUUUAUUUUGUGAUACUGUCUGCUAAUGUCUCUUUCUAAU